CUUACGGAUAUUUUUAUACUCAUUUUUAUAUUUUUUCCAGUGAAGUUUGGGAAAUUUUGAUUUUUUUUUGUUGUUGUUGUUGUUGGAGUCAACUGCGCAUGUGGAUGUAUGUUUUGUGAUUGUUUGUGUUUAUAUGAAUGACACAUGUCCGCUUGCUGGAUAAAAGUUGUUUAAAAAGAAGCAGGAUUUUUUUUUUUUUUUUUUUUUUUUUUUUUUUUUGGAGUUUUUAUCCCUGGAGAAUGCUGACGGAACUGUGUGGUUUGUUCUACCUGCUCAGCUCGGUUCUGAGCCAGGACGCCACAGGUAGCCGCUUCGUCUGCAACGCGAUUCCACCGGGCGCGGAGCCGGGCUGCGGCGUCGACGCUCCGACGGGCAACCGCUUGCAGAUCAGCAGCCCCGCGGAGGAGGAGCUGCGGAACACCAUCAUCCAGCUCCGGGAGACCAUAUUGCAGCAGAAGGAGACCAUCGGGAGCCAGCAGGGGACCAUCAAGGAGCUCAACUCCAAGCUGGCGCGCUGCGAGGCGGCGGCGGACGACUCGUCGCAGCCGCCGCCGCAGCAGCAGGGCAAGGCGCGGGGUCAGGGCUCCCGGAGGAAGGAGUCGGGCAAGAACACCAUGGGGGACUUGCCCAGAGACCCCGGCGAGUCUAUCAGCCAGCUUGGCAAGACCAUGCAAAGCCUGAAAGGUCGCUUGGAGAGCCUGGAGCAGCAGAGUCUGCAGCUCCCCAGCACCAACGUGUCGGCCGGAGGCGUCUCCGCCCUGACGCCCCUGCCGCCGGAGCUGCGGGAUCUGCUCCGGCAGCGUCUGGGGGCGCUGGAGACGCAGCUCCUGCGCAAGGUGGCGGAGCUGGAGGAGGAGAAGAGCCAGCUCUACAACGAAACGGCGGCUCAUCGCCAACGCACUGAGAACGCUCUCAGUUCUCUCCUGGAGAGGAUCACGGAGCUGGAGAAAAAUAACAACGCCUUCAAGUCGCCUGAGGACUUCAAGGUGUCCCUCUCCCUGCGCACCAACUACUUGUACGGCCGCAUCAAGAAGAGCCUCCCAGAAAUGUACGCCUUCACCGUCUGCAUGUGGCUCAAGUCCAGCGCCAGUCCGGGCAUAGGGACCCCCUUCUCCUACGGAGUACCGGGACAGGCGAACGAGAUCGUGCUGAUCGAAUGGGGGAACAACCCCAUCGAGCUGCUGGUUAACGACAAGGUGGCCCAGCUUCCUCUUUCCGUGAGUGACGGGCGCUGGCACCACAUCUGCAUCACCUGGACGACCAGAGACGGCUUCUGGGAGGCUUACCAGGACGGGGAGCGACUCGGCACCGGGGACAAUCUGGCCCCCUGGCACCCAAUUAAAUCAGGAGGGGUGAUUAUUCUGGGCCAGGAGCAGGAUAUAGUCGGCGGUCGCUUCGACGCCACCCAGGCCUUCGUCGGCGAGAUGAGCCAGUUCAACAUGUGGGACCGGGUGCUGCGGCCCGUGGACAUCGUGGGCCUGGCCAACUGCUCGGCGUACAUGCCGGGCAACGUGGUGCCGUGGAUAGACGCCAACGUGGAAGUGUUCGGCGGCGCCACCAAAGCUCCGCUGGAGAUAUGCGAGGACCGUGCGUUUGAUUCCUAGAGUGGAGGGAAUCACCACCGCCAUCAAAAAAGCCAAGUAUUCUCGUUCAUUGUGUGCAAAGAGCCCCCACAGUCAGGGGUACAUGCAUAUUGAUAUUGUGUGGUUACUCAAAAGAUUCUCAUGUGUCGGCUUAAAUGUGUGUCCGGUCCGGUCUUGGCCGUGGAGAAGGCUUCACAAGUGACCAUGUGGGGAAGACACGCCGUCCUUUUUGACUUUCUGUGUUCCUUGAUUUGACGUCUUUCUGCAAACAAGCUCGUUCCUCAUGCAUUCCUUAUAACUGCUGCACCGUGUGUGUGUGUGUGUGUGUGUGUGUGUGUGUGCGUGCGAGCGAGCGGGGCGCGCUUUGAUGUGUCGCGGAACAUCGCGGCGGAAUGCUCGCGAGCUUCCUCUCUGUUUGAAGAGCAAACAAACGAGAGGACGAGCUCAGGAGUCGGCAACGUUGACUGUAGACGCACCGCAACACGGUUCGUCGUCCAUAUUUAAUGCAUGAGCGCCGGUUUUUGGGGGGAAGACACGUGCAUGCCUUCUUUCGGUCCGUGCGCGGCGAUUACAUAAGCAAGUGUCUUGCGUGUUAAAAGACCAGGAGAUUACGAGCGGGGAGGGAGGACAUUUUUCAUUCUUGUAAAUCUACGCUUAAUACCUCUCUGCCCCUUGAGCAGCUGCCAUAUCCCAAACAGCUUUAUGUGGACGCUUCUGCUCAGGUUAAUAGCCGUGGCGGACAGCUGCCCAGAAGCAGCUAAAAUCGAGCAGUGGCCGAUUUCCUGAGCGAGGACAGCAGAGGGAUUGACCCCAAAAGCCUAUCCGCAAUUCCUCCUCCAUGAAGUAAUUAUGUAUACGCUAUAAGGGGCUCUGUGGGUAUGAGCGGCCAAUGAGUUAGAAUGGAUUUAAUCCGCGUUUCCAAUGAGAGCAGCACGACAUGGACAUACAGCCGCGGUCAAAAGUUGACAUACAUUUGUAAAGAACAUAAAGUCAUGGCUGUCUUGAGUUUCCAAACAUUUCUACAACUCUUAUUUUUGUGUGAUAGAGGGAUUGGAGCACAUACUGUCAGGUUCAAACUUCUACAAACCCUGUUUCCGUAUGAGUUGGGAAAUUGUGUUAAAUGUAAAUAUAAACGGAAUACAAUGAUUUUCAACCCAUAUUCAGUUGAAUAUGCUACAAAGACAACAUAUUUGAUGUUCAAACUGAUAAACAUGGCAAAUUAUUUGCAAAUAAUCAUUAACUUUAGAAUUUGAUGCCAGCAACACGUGACAAAGAAGUUGGGAAAGGUGGCAAUAAAUACUGGUGAAGUUGAGGAAUGCUCAUCAAAACACUUAUUUGGAACAUCCCACGGGUGAACAGGCUAAUUGGGAACAGGUGGGUGCCAUGAUUGGGUAUAAAAGUAGAUUCCAUGGAUGGGGCGAGGGUCACCACUUUGUCGACAAAUGCGUGAGCAAAUUGUUGAACAGUUUAAGAAAAUUUCUCAACCAGCCAUUGCAAGGAAUUUAGGGAUUUCACCAUCUACGCUCCGUAAUAUCAUCAAAGGGUUCAGAGAAUCUGGAGAAAUCACUGCACGUAAGCAGCUAAGCCCGUGACCUUCCAUCCCUCAGGCGGUACUGCAUCAACAAGCGACGUCAGUGUGUAAAGGAUAUCACCACAUGGGCUCAGGAACACUUCAGAAACCCACUGUCAGUAACUACAGUUGGUCGCUACAUCUGUAAGUGCAAGUUAAAACUCUCCUAUGCAAGGCGAAAACCGUUUAUCAACAACACCCAGAAACGCCGUCGGCUUCGCUGGGCCUGAGCUCAUCUAAGAUGGACUGAUACAAAGUGGAAAAGUGUUCUGUGGUCUGAUGAGUGCACAUUUCAAAACAUUUUUGGAAACUGUGGACGUCGUGUCCUCCGGACCAAAGAGGAAAAGAACCAUCCGGAUUGUUAUAGGCGCAAAGUUGAAAAGCCAGCAUGUGUGAUGGUAUGGGGGUGUAUUAGUGCCCAAGACAUGGGUAACUUACACAUCUGUGAAGGCGCCAUUAAUGCUGAAAGGUACAUACAGGUUUUGGAGCAACAUAUGUUGCCAUCCAAGCAACGUUACCAUGGACGCCCCUGCUUAUUUCAGCAAGACAGUGCCAAGCCACGUGUUACAACAGCGUUGCUUCAUAGUAAAAGAGUGCGGGUACUAGACUGGCCUGCCUGUAGUCCAGACCUGUCUCCCAUUGAAAAUGUCUGGCGCAUUAUGAAGCCUAAAAUAGCACAAGGGAGACCCCCGGACUGUUGAACAACUUAAGCUGUACAUCAAGCAAGAAUGGGAAAGAAUUCCACCUGAGAAGCUUCAAAAAUGUGUCUCCUCAGUUCCCAAACGCUUACUGAGUGUUGUUAAAAGGAAAGGCCAUGUAACACAGUGGUGAACAUGCCCUUUCCCAACUACUUUGGCACGUGUUGCAGCCAUGAAAUUCUAAGUUAAUUAUUAUUUGCAAAAAAAAAAUAAAGUUUAUGAGUUUGAACAUCAAAUAUCUUGUCUUUGUAGUGCAUUCAAUUGAAUAUGGCUUGAAAAGGAUUUGCAAAUCAUUGUAUAAUAUAAUAGUAUAAGAGUUGUAGAAAUGAUUGGAAACUCAAGACAGCCAUGACAUUAUGUUAUUUACAAGUGUAUGUAAACUUUUGUCCGUGACUGUGUAAUUGUUCAUGAUAAAUGCUGUGUUUUUACUUCAUGUUUGGAAUUGCUGAAACCUGAGCAAAACUGAAAACUUUUUGCAGCUUUAUUUUUGUCCUUACUUGAAAAUUGUGAUGGAUUUUCAUUUAAAUUAUGUUUGGGUUUGCUAAGCUAAUUGUAAAAAAGAUUCAUACCAAAAAUAAAAGUAUUUUCUCAUCACUGUGAAAUGCUCCUUAGCAUAAAAAAGCUUGUGUCUAUAUGUUGUAAAGCUUAAAUAAGUCCUAAUGUUAAGAUAAUACAAUCAGAAAGAAUAUUUUGAAGUAUUUUGAUAAGUAUGAGGAUAAACAUGUCAUGUUUAAAGCAAGGGUUCCAAAACCAUGGCCCUAUUUUUUUAUUUGUUUUUUGUUUUAAAUCUGUCCUUUCGAAUCCAUUUUCUACCGCUUGUCACUCUCUGUGUCUCCUAGCAUAUUGUCUAAAAAUUCAUUUUCCCAUCGAUAA